AUCGUAUUUCUAUUUCUUUCGGAAUUCUUCAGUCACUUUUGAAUAAAAUGAUCGACAAAAGUUCGGUUUCGGCUCCGCUCACUGUAUCGUAGUGUUACGAAAAUGAUCGACUUUAUUGUUACUUUGUCGGUGUUUAACUUCACUUUGCUUUUUAUACCCAUUCUGAUUUUGAGUUUUCUUGGUUUACAACUCUUCAAAGCAAUAUGGUUAAGUUGCAUAUCGUUUAUGCAUCCCGACGUGGAGUUUGUCACAUACUCGACAAUCAGAACCAUUUUAGACACGCAUCGAAAUCAAGGUAUAAUUGCAGUAUUGCUGUCAGUCAGAGGAAAAGAGAAUCCUGAAGCAAUUAAAAGACACUUACAGGAAUUAGUAAGAAGACGUGACAAAUCAGGAAACUUGGCUUUUCCAAGACUGCAACAAUCUCUUACCACCAGAUGCGGAAUAUAUGCUUGGUUACGUGGAAAAUUCGAUCUAGAACAACACGUCAGUGUUGCCAAAUUCACUUAUAAAGGACGAGCAGUAACUGAAUAUAACAUACAGGAGUACGUGAGUGAAAUUGUUACUAAAUACUUACCAAGCGAAGCCUCACCAUGGCAGGUUAUCAUCAUCCCGUCAUCGGAAGAUAAUCAUUAUAUUUUGUUCCGUAUCCAUCAUAUAUUGUUAAGUGAAGGAGUCAAUGUUGGAGAUCUUCUUCCACUGAUUCCUCCAACCAGACAAUCUCCAAGCGUUCUAGGUUCGAAAAGUCCCAUCGUUGACGUCCUAAAGAAACCGGUAGCCCUAACAACUUUAAAGGAGAAACUGACUGAAGAAAUUUCCAACUACUGGAACGAAUUCGUCUCUACCUACGAGCCUCUAGAAAAACCCGAGUUACUCAAAGAAACUCCCACCAUAACCCAAUUUCUUGCCAUAGUGGUUCUAACCUCCAUAUCCAUUAUUAAAGAAUGCAAGAAAGGAUUCAGAGUUAUCAAGCCUGAUGUUUUUUCUAAAAUAAGAUACUUCGUGUUGACUAGUUGUAAUGAAAGCCAUAAGAGAGGAGUCACGAGUUCAAACUUCUUCUGGUCGAUUGUGAAAUCUGUAAGUCCCAAGAACUUACUAGCAGUUGGUUUUCAAAAUGUUUGGUUUUUGAUGGUUUUCCUACCAAUUCGUUUACCAAUUAUGAUAUAUGCUGAAUCUGUAGCGUUAUAUUCUUGUUUUACGCUAAAAUAUUGUCCAUAUCCUCGAACAAUUGUCGGCAUACUGUUCACUUAUGUCCCGUUACUGUAUAAUUCACUAAAGGAGGUUCUUGAAAUGUUUAAGAUCGUUUUUCUCGCGCCGAGAACCAUCGUUCAAGAUCUCCUACUGCAAGAAGAAUCGCUCCAAACUAUUACGCUUUGCGGCCGCAAAGCAGUAGCUUGGAGUGAUCCUGUCAAAAUGGAAUUGGUAAAAAACACUGCCCAAAAACUUGGUGUGUCUGAAACGGAAGUUACUUUAUCAGCUUGCGCGAUGGGUAUAUCCAAGUACUUUGGUCAAACGAAUGACACAAUUCCAAGCGAACUUCCUAUCACUAUGAGAAACAUCAACUCACAAUACCUCUUUGCCACCGGUCCAAAUAUUAAAUCUCGUGAUUCCGUCAGCGGAAUGAUAUGUCUUAAUUUGCCCUUAGUCGAACUACAGUCAGACAAGACGCAGCUUCAGAACCUAAAGGAUUUAGAGAUUAGGUUUAAGUCGUCGAUUGAAAGACAAGGUCUGUCUCAUCUUUUGACUCUGUUCCAAACCAAAUACGGAAUUUUGACUAAGUUCUUGCCAUCUACGGUCGUGAGUAUUUACUUGAAAUACCUGUCAAGAAAAUACGUGGUUACUGUGACGGAGGUGACGAAUAAGUAUCCAAACGUCACACAGAGAACCCUUUGGGGACAGGAAGUGGUCAGUGCGAUUUAUUGGAGGCCUCCACAAGCUAAUACGAGUAUAUCCCUGUGCAUAAACGAAUACGCCGACCAUAUAAGACUUGGUGUGAUGUGCGAUGCCCAAUUGGUUCCUCAUCAUCCAGUACUCGUUCGUGGUUUCCCAGAGUUUAUAAAAGAUCUUGCCGAAGCAACCAGAUGUCCUACAGAAUUAUGAAUUAUAUUUAUGAUUAAUGAAUUAUAUUCAUUAAGUAUAUGCUUUCUAUUUUAAUGUCUGUAUAAAGCUGCUGCUUUACUAAAGGUUCAUUUAGAAAUGAGGUGUUUGUUACAAUUUUCUGUUUUCUUAAUGCUUUCUGACAUUUUAUUUUUAAGGCAAGACUAAUAUAGACAUAGACUAUAAUAAUGUAUAUCAUUUUAAACUGAUUUGUCUCAAAUCAUAUUUUUAGUAUAAUAUUUUUAAUUUUAUUUGUGUA